AUGGCGUCCGGAGCGGCUCGCUGGCUGGUAUUGGCAUCUGGCCAAUCUGGGGCUCUGCGGAGAGGACUGAGCUUGAAGAAGGAUGGAGCUAUCUCCGCCGGACGGGGCGGCUCAGGUCGGAGCCUGGUAUCGUCGAGGUCAGUCAUCGUUACUCGCAGCGGCGCCAUUUUGCCCAAGCCGGUGAAAAUGUCCUUCGGCCUUCUCCGGGUGUUCUCCAUUGUGAUCCCCUUCCUCUACGUGGGGACGCUCAUUAGCAAGAACUUUGCCGCUCUGCUUGAGGAGCAUGACAUCUUCGUCCCAGAGGACGACGAUGACGACGACUAACAGGUGCUGAAGUUCAGGAAAGAGAAAGCCCUGACUGAAUCAAGAAAUGGUGAUGCUUAGCCCCUCCUCCUUGCCUAUCAGCAGAAGGGACUAAGGAAAGCCCUCAGCCUCCCAACUCCAGUGAAGCCUCCUGCACGGUCCAUGACCACAGCCCUCUGUCCCAGCGCUGGGAGGUUCCCCGAGGUGUGCACUCCACUGAGCAUAGCCAGAUGAUGAAUAAACACGACAAAUGCCAACUAUG